AUGCCUCUCAUAUCCCCAUUUCUGGGCCUUUCGCAGGAGCUCCAGGAUAUGGUCUAUCACGAACUGUGGGAGAUUACCCCUGCUAUCCAGGUCCCGUACCGAAUCAGCGGCGAAGAAGAUCCAAGACAUGCUAUGCUCAACAAAGGUCUCAAACAACUGGUAUCCAGAGCAACCUGGCAUCUGCACGAUCGCUUUGAUGUCGUUACCGCGCCCACAUUCAAGACUUCCCCGCUGCUAGGCCCAAGUGUCACGGGCAAUCUGAGGAUUGAUACCAACUUUAGUCAUGAUCGAGAGCCGCCCGAAGCCCAACAUCUGUCGCAAUACGGCGAGUUUUCUCUGUGGCUGCUGGCGCCCACUCUUGAGAAGCGGGCCGCCAACCUUCGGGUCAUACAGCUGGAGUGCGAGUUGGACUUGGCCCAGGCAACGAACUCGGUGCGUGUAUUCGAUCUCAAGAUUUUCGAGCAAGCGCAUCUGCAACUUAAGAAUCUGGAGAGGCUCGAAUUCCUUUUCAAUCUAUAUUGCACGAAAGACCGAGCGGGAUCCAGGGAUGACGCCUAUCGCGAUAAGGUCUUGAAUGCUCUCGGGGAGGAGAUAAUUAGAAUCGGCGCCUUUGUGACCGACACCGAAGGACGGCUGGACGUCAAAGAACUAUGGCCCACGGAUUUUUUGCCACCGGAGUGCUACCGCUGGCCGUCCGUGGGAAGGUGGAACCUCACAUUUGCGAAAACAAGCGAUUAA